UGUAGAGUUGAGUACGAAUAUAGAUUAUUAACUAACCUGGCUUUUUAUGCCACAGCAGCAUCUGCUAUGCGGUGGCAUAGUGAUUGACUUGUGUGUCUGUCUAUUACACUUCUAAGAAAAUCUUCUCAAAAACCAGUAGGCCAAUUUCAACUGGUAAACUACAGACCAAUACAGAUUGCCAUGAAUGAUGCCGGAUCGUAUCCGUAGCUAAUUCAGUAUCAACUCAGUGAAUGUGUGACUGAGGCAUUAGUUAAGUUGGAAAAUGGGCCAUGUAAUAUAAAAAACUGGGUCACUAGGUCAAAUCACAGAAAAACAUUGUUAACCAUGUACAUCAAAAUGUAUAUACAGUCCAACCCCUACUCACGGUCACCCCUCAUCCGCGGUCACCCCGUGUAGGCGGCCGGUCUGUGCCGCGACCGUCGAUAAACACUAUAUAAUGCACCCCUCAUUACCGGUCACCCCUUUUCUCCGGCCGCGGAGAAUGUAACAGCUUGCCGAUAUGGUCAAUAAUUACUGGUAUUGCUCUAAAUGUCGUUAUUGUUUAAAUAAUAAUGAAUGAAAAUGUUGUUUUAUGGCUGAUAUUAGAAAUGAAGAAAUAAAAUUAUUUUAAGUCUAUACAUUUUGUAAUACAUGUACACAUAUUUACCACUUUGUUUAUACAAAAAUUGAACAGUUAACCAUGCACUCAUCAACUCCAGACUCCCUAUGACCCAACCCCCUCUUAAGAGGCCACCCCGCUUAAGCAGCCAAUUUGGCCGUUUCCCUUGACUGGCUGCUAAAGAGGGGUGGGACUGUAUCUUGAAGUUUUACUUGUGGGUAAUAUUGGAUCAAAACCACCAAAGAUCACUAGGUUAAAUAAUAUUGAGAAAAAAAACUUAUAAGUAGCAAACAUCUUUGAGCAGAUGAGGGCUUGUAGGAUCUAUGGUGGGUCCUGUUUAAGUCAUUAAGCCAUGAGUCAGGUGUCUGACUGGAGCCAUCAGGUCUUGGCUCAGCAUGGGCAAGAGCUGAUAGCUGCGCUUCCCACCUUAGGGAGACCUCACAGAUCUGUGACACCCGCACGUCCAAGGAGGGCCCCGAUCCGCCGACAACCCACAGGUGACAGACGUAGAUCCACCAUUUUGAGAUUCAAAGCUUGUGCGCUUGACCACCCGCUCUACACAUCAACAGCAGCAGUGAAUCACACAGAGUUGAUGUCCAAAGGUCUGGGUAGGCGACCAGACACCACCUUCACUCUUCCGACUAGUGGGACACAGUCUGACCUGAGAAACAAGAUCAUUGAGUUGUAUCCUAUUCUCCACACUAUACCUUUUGAGUUGAUGGUGGGUCAGGCAAGAUGCAAGUUGGAGUUGAUUCAGAGGGAAAAGUCUCUUCAACAGCUUAAAGAUGAUACCAAAUCAUGCGGCUUUGUUAGACUCUGGGUCCUACCAGACUACCACAUUGGUCCCCAGAUAACUGCUCCUACACCAGCCGCCUCAAUGCCAGCCGUCAGGACUAUGCCAGCCAUCCCAUCAACGCCAGCCAUCCUGACUACACAAGCCAUCCCGUCAAUGCCUACCAUUACGUCUACGCCAGCCAUCUCAUCAACGCCAGCCGUCACCACUAUGUUAGCCAUCCCAUCAACGCCAGCUGUCACACUUACGCCAGCCAUCCCGUCAACGUCAGCGGUCACCACUACGGCAGCCAUCCCGUCAUCACCAGCCGUCAGGACUACGCCAGCCAUCCCGUCGUCGCCAGCCGUCAGGACUACGCCAGCCGUCAGGACUAUGCCAGCUCUCCCGUCAACGCCAGCCGUUACGACUACGCCAGCCAUCCUGUCAACACCAGCCGUCAGGACUACGCCAGCCAUCCCGUCAUCGCCAGCCGUCAGGACUACGCCAGCCGUCAGGACUACGCCAGCUGUCAGGACUAUGCCAGCUCUCCCGUCAACGCCAGCCGUUACGACUACGCCAGCCAUCCUGUCAACGCCAGCCGUCAGGACUACGCCAGCCAUCCUGUCAACGCCAGCCGUCAGGACUACGCCAGCCAUCCCGUCAUCGCCAGCCGUCAGGACUACGCCAGCCGUCAGGACUACGCCAGCUGUCAGGACUAUGCCAGCUCUCCCGUCAACGCCAGCCGUCAUGACUACGCCAGCCAUCAGGACAACGCCAGCCAUCAGGACUACGCCAGCUGUUGAGAUUGACAACGACUUCCAGAUUGACAUUCCAGAAAUUCAGAGUGAUUCCCUAUAUGAGCCAGCUGGGACACCCACAGUUCUCUUUCGACGUCAACAGACUUUCCUUGACAUAGCCAGAGACAUUGACCAGCCUGCUGACCAGACAACCAACCAGUCAUCAGCCGUUCUGAAUGAGUACAUCCCUGCGGUUCAAACAGCACAACCCAUUCCACCAAGCCGUAUAACAGAUACUGCCAGAGAGCAGCUCCAACAACAAGCGAGCAUGUGCAUCACUGGUCCCAUUACAGAUCCUUUGCUCCUGGAGGUGAGACGUAACCACGUCAUGAAAGACGCCCUAGGCACCUUACGGUACUCACAGAGUGACCUCAGCAGCAAACUGCAGAUCAAGUUCAUUGGUGAGGCCGGUGUUGAUCUCGGUGGUCUCCGUCGCGAGUUCUUCUCCCUCCUUGCAUACCAGUUCAGCCAUUCAGCGCUUACAUCAGGUUCUCCCGGGCGCCUCACAUUAAGAAAGAACUUUGUGGAGCGUGAGAAGAACACCUUCUUCUACCUUGGUCAGCUUGUGGCUCUCUCCAUUCUUCAAGAUGGUCCAGGUCUGCCAGUGUUUGCCGACUGUGUGGUCAACAAGAUACUCAACAUCACAAAUGGUGUCAAUCCAAAUGACCUCAAUCCAGACUUGGUGAAAACACUUGAAGAGAUGACAGAUGCUUCGACUGACCGUGAGCUCCAGGACCUUUAUUUUAGCAUCUAUGACGAGCGAGAGGCAGCAGGGUUUAUCCUGCCAUCUAACAUCUUCAAGAAGGACCACAUCCCCCUCCUGCAGUCGGCCCUUGUUAACAACAUGGUGUUGAACUGCAGAGAUGAACUGGACCAGUUCAUUGAAGGUCUACAAACUCAUGAUGUUCUGACCAUAGUGAGACAGGAGAAGUUGACCUGUCUAUUCAGUGGUGGUAAGCCACCAGUCACUGUUGCCGAUGUAAGAGGUCUGAUGAACUUUAAAUAUCGCGAAGAUAUCAACCAGGAGGCUGACCGGGAAACUGGCCAGCAGUUUGUUCGGUUCCUUCAGGCGACAAAGGGUGAUGGCGCCACCAUCAACGGCAUUACCCUGAAGCCGAAGGAUGUCCUCAUGUGGAUGUCGGGUUCAACAGAAAUCCCAGCUGUGGGUUUCCACAAGCAGAUUGACAUUGAGUUUGGUGGCGAGGAAAGGGUCAACACUUGUGCACUUUGUGUUACGUUAAAGCAUCUGACGCCUGCUGUUGAGGACCCUGUUUUGUAUUUUACAGAGCGUUUGAUAAACUCAUCAACAUUCGGUGAUAUGUGAUAUUUCUUUAUGUUAUGGAGAUAAGAUCUAAUGUUGAUGAGUUUAUCAAUCGCUCUGUAAAAUACAAGACAAAACUCCUCACCAAACUCGAUGUCUAUUUGCUUGUGGAAAUAAAAAAAAAAAAAAAAAAACGUUUUUGUAUUACUGUUUUUAAGUGUUUUGUAAAUAUUGUAUAAAUAUAUACUGGAGUUAAACAAUUUGUUCAUUAACUAAAGUUGCUGAGCCACAGUUAUCAACAUGUUUCCAAAUAUAGUUUUUCCGUAUUACUUUAGCAAUAUUGUAUUAGUAAACAAGCUUUAAAAAGUUAUGCACAUGUGCCGACUUUCAAAAAAAGUUCUUGCGAACAUAAAUAUUAAACCAGGGCCCGUAUUCAUCAACCAAUUCUUAGACUUAAGUCUAAGAAUAAAGAAUAUUCUUUAAAUAGGAUUAUUAAAAAAUUGCUUUAAUAUUAAGUCAAACUUGACAUUAACUGUCUCUAUCUAAUUCAUUCGUAAUGAAGAAAUUUCCUUUACGGACAUAACCAUCACUGGUUGCCUGUAUGUUUUCAAACCAUGGGCAUAAUUUUCUUGGUUCAAAGUAUAUUCUUAAGUCUAAGAAUGGGUUGGUGAAUACGGGCCCAGAAUGGUACAGGAUCUGUAACUUACCUAAUGUAUAUUUUUUUUCUAUUAGUUUGAGAAUUGAGAUUGUGUCUAUUAGUUUUAGACUUGACAUUGUGUCUAUUAGUUUUAGACUUGACAUUGUGUCUAUUAGUUUUUGAGAUUGUUAUCAAAAUAAACUGUUGCUCUUGAA